ACCACCACCACCACCUCCUCCUUUACUAUCACAACCACCACCACCUCCUCCUCCUUUACUAUCACAACCACCACCACCAUCACCGCCAACGCGAACGCCACCCCUCUCCUACCUACUCAACAUCCCAGAACUGUCAUCACUACUAGACGUGUCUCCUCCACGUCCUGUUCCUCUCCUCUCCUCUCCUCUGAUACUUCACGCCCACACUCGCCUUCCUUCCCUUGCCGGCUAGGAAUCAAGUUGCAGCUCUCCCCCUCUCAAAGAAGGAAGGAAGGGAAAAAAAAAAAGCAAACAUGGUCGACCGCCCCAACAAGCCGUCGGCGCUGGCCUCGACCCCGCAGCAGCCCAUCCCCCAGGCCUCGGUCAACAUUGACAAUGACACUGGUCGUGUGUCCGCCCAGCUGCCCACCGGCGAGAGUGUUGAGGUGCUGUUGCACGGCGCCACCGUGAUCAGCUGGAAGGACGCAAGUGGCAACGAGAAGCUCUGGCUGAGCGAGAAGGCCGUGCUGGACGGCAGCAAGGCCGUCCGCGGUGGCAUCCCCUUGGUGUUUCCCGUCUUUGGCACGGCACCCGACCACGCAGCAACGUCCAAACUGCCCCAGCACGGCUUCGCGCGCACAUCGCGGUGGGAGCUCCUGGGCAAGUCCACCUCUGAGUCCAAGCAGUCUGACGGCAGCGCUGCCGACACCAACGUCAAGCUCGACUUCGGUCUGAGCUCGUCCUCGCUAGAUGACAAGACCCGGGCGCUCUGGCCGUACGACUUCGACCUCAUCUACAGCGUCACCCUUGAGCGGAGUGGUUUGAAUACUUCUAUCGUCAUCACGAACAAGGCCGACAAGGCCUUUGAGUUUGAGGUGCUGCUGCAUACGUAUCUGAGGGUCAAGGACAUUACCCAGGUCGCUGUCGAUGGCCUCGACGCAUCGCAAUACAUUGACAAGGUCGAUGGCGCUUCCACCAAAACCCAGUCCUCCAGCAUCACCAUCACAGGUGAGACCGACCGUGUGUACACUCCUGCCCAGGGUCCCAGUGAGCCUGUCAUCGUGACCGAGGGCGGAAGCAAGAUCUUCUCGGUCGUCCGGGACAACCUGACCGACGUGGUCGUGUGGAAUCCCUGGACAGAGAAGGCUGCCGGCAUUGGCGACUUCGCACCCAAGGACGGCUUCAAGCAGAUGAUCUGUGUCGAGGCCGGCAGUGUCAAGGGUUUCCAGACGCUGGAGCCUGGUGACGCAUUUGAGGGCGCGCAGACGAUCACUGCUCUAUGAAGGUUUCAGCAAGGCGCUGGAGGUCUGGAACGGAGUCUCGGGAGGUUAUGAUAUCAGGCAGGGCAAUGAGCGAGCUGAGAUUUCGUCCAGCAAUUGGACUUGAUGAGGAGAGCAUAGAAUUUCGAUCCCGCACGCAAAGCUAGGCUAAGCCUUCAAUGAAGAUUGAUAAUGAUACUUCAGGUGGCAGCAGCAACCAUGAACUUUCAACUUUUUUUUCUUCUCCUGCG